CGUUUUCCUGCGGCGGUCGUCCUGCGAAAGAGAGGAAAGACGGGUUCGGUUCGAAGAGAAGCCGCUUGGACUGCGCAUGCUCUGCCGGGGUGACCCGGAAACAGUGGUCUGGAGGUGCUUGACACGUAGCGUCUGAGGAAGCUAAAGGCAGGCUACAAUGUCUGGGUUUGACAACUUCAAUACAGAUUUCUAUCAAACAAGUUACAGUAUUGAUGACCAAACACAGCCAUAUGGAGGAGGAACAUACAGCAAGCAGUAUGGUGGCUAUGAAUAUUCUCAGCAAGGUGGAUAUGUCCCUCCUGAGAUGAUGGCACAACAGCAGCCUUAUACUGGCCAGAUUUUUCAGCCAGCACCAGCAUACACUCCAUCUUCACCACAAUCUUUCUAUGGAAGCAGUUUUGAAGAUGAACCACCCUUAUUAGAAGAGCUAGGAAUUAAUUUUGACCACAUCUGGCAGAAGACCCUGACAGUACUGCAUCCAUUAAAAGAAGCAGAUGGCAGCAUUAUGAAUGAAACUGAUCUGGCAGGGCCCAUGGUCUUCUGCCUAGCCUUUGGUGCUACAUUAUUGCUGGCUGGCAAAAUUCAGUUUGGUUAUGUAUAUGGAAUUAGUGCAAUUGGAUGCUUAGGAAUGUUCUGCCUGCUGAAUUUGAUGAGUAUGACUGGUGUUUCAUUUGGCUGCGUUGCCAGUGUCCUUGGAUACUGUCUCCUUCCUAUGAUAAUACUUUCCAGCUUUGCUGUUGUAUUUUCUCUACAGGGUAUGAUGGGAGUCAUUCUUGCUGCUGGAAUUAUUGGAUGGUGUAGCUUCUCAGCUUCCAAAAUCUUCAUUUCAGCCUUAGCAAUGGAAGGGCAACAACUUCUAGUGGCAUACCCCUGUGCUCUAUUAUAUGGAGUCUUUGCUCUCAUUUCUGUGUUUUGAGCUGACUGUUUUUAUUAUUGGACUUAAAAGGGCCAAACAGCAAGCCUUCACUUGGGACGUGGAAACUGGGACCAGAAAGCAGUGUCGGAUUGCUUUUCAGCAAGAAUAAUGCUUGAAUUGACAUCUCGAGCAGCAAAAACUGUCUUGUGUUUGUUUUUAUAGGACUCUUGAAUACAGUUUUGAACUCAUCUGUAAUGUCUAUAGCUUUAAUACAGAUUCAUGAUUACACUGUUUAAAUUGUAAAUUUCUUUCCCACUUCUAUAGCCUGUGAAAAAAUAUUAUUUUGGAAACUUUUGUAGUUGAGACAUUUUUAUAGAUAAGGAAAAUUGAAACCAUGAGCAUCAACUUCUUUUUCCGAGCCAGCAUGCAAAUAGAAUUCUAAACAAAGACUAGACAUUUCCUCUUAUUUUUAAAGCCUAUUGAUCUAUCCACUAUGGUUUUCCAGCAAAUAUGAGAGCUUCUCUUUACAUACCUGGUUCUUAAACUAUUGGCCAGAGAUUAGCACACAUAGCAGGUUGUCAGCAAGCAUUGAAACCAAUCUGCUGGAGUCAUACAUAUUUUUUUAAAAGAUCUUACAUACUCAUGUCACAGACAUCAGCAUUUAGGUUUAUACAGGCAAUUAUAAGCCUUUUCCUUCUCUGCCCGAAAACAUUAGUUAGUUUGGAAUCUUUGCAAGGGAUCCAUGUUGGUUCCUCAACAAAGUUUCAAUGCAGUGUCAUUACUGGCUGAUCAUAUUACCUGCUGUAUAUUAUCACUUCAAGUUUUGUUAAUUUUUUCUCACUUCCUGCCAUCUCAACAAAAGUUACAUGACUCAAGGAUGUUAAUAUUCACAUGAUUUCUGUGCAUCUUGCCAGGUUUAUGUUCUGGUCUUCAAAGAGAACUGGGCUAAGGGAAACUUUGUCUUGCUUGUAUCAAAGGGAAUUCAUCCAAGAAGUAAUAGCUGUAGUUAUUGGAUCUCUGAAUGUAAAAUAUGAGCACUAUAUCAGCUUCCUUCAGUUUCACAGUUACUUUGCCCAUUGAUCAUGUCAUCAGUUGGGGUGGGAGGUGUCUGUCACGUAGAAUUUUUGGACUCUGAAGCACUUAUUUUCCAGUGUUCAAGUAAAAUGUUAAUAUCACACUGGUCCUGAACUAUGUUCUCAUCAAACAUGAAGCCCUUUGCUUUAGAAGUUCUUUCUGAGUGAUGAAGAAACAAAGCAGCACGCCAUCACAAAUACACCCUGUUCUUCUCUGCGGUUCCCACUCACUAUUUCCUUAUGUAUUAAAAGAGAGAGAGAGAAGUUGAUUGUUUCCACGAACAGGUCUGUCUGGGCAGCACUCUUGGUCCAGUCCAGCAGUGCCCUUGAAGCUCACCAGUUCUUGUGUUUAUUCUACCUGUUGCCGUCUUAUUGGGAUAAGCUUAUCCUUCUCUACGCUUUCUACCCAACGAUUUGGUUUUAAAGUUCCCCAUUUCUUGCCACCGUUUUACUGAUAAUGUAGCAAACUAGACAAUAAACUACCCCCAAAAUUUGUCCUAUAUUUAACUUCAAAGUUUACAGUACCUAUUUCAAUACUUGUUUACAGUAAAUGGUCCUAAAGGCUUGCCAGGCACAUAAUUAUUGUGUUUAAAUAUUUCAUGUAUGUAUUUUGUAAAUAAUUCCAUCAUGUAUAAAUCUGAGUUUCUUUGUUUUGCUGACAAACUGAGAAUAAAUUAAACGGUAGUUUACAAAAAAAAAAAGUUUGAUUCAGGAAACAGCUUUGACAUAAGUUAUCAGUAUUGCAGGUUACUUUAAAAUACAGAAAUUAAAUUUCUCUAAUAUUGUUUAAAAUGUUUAAUUUGAUUCUUAAUAUAUGUUCCCAAAAUUGUCAGACUUUAAAUAGCUGGGAUAAUCAUCAUUGUCUUUUCAGUGAUCAAAUACUGUAUUUAAAUGAUGACAUAAGAAUUAUGGAGUACUGAUGAUACAUGCAGCAGUUUAACAUGGCUGACAAGAACUAAAAAAUGGCAGAAUCCUGACCAGAAUGGCAAGCAGGAAAUACUUUACAUGAAAAGCCUGACUGUCACAGAAAAAGUCAUAUUUUAUCCUUGCGCUAGGAUAUUACGGAACAAAGUGUCUAAUACAAUUUCCUAAUUAGCAGCUUUUGAAUAGAGACCCAUGUUAUUUUGUUUCAGCAUCUAUUGUAAAAAUAAAAAGUGUGGUGCUUUAAAGAUGUAACAGAUUUAUUUCAGUAUGACCUUUUGUGAAUUGCAUCCUAUUUCCUCAAACACAGAGGGUAAGAGUUAAGGCCCAGAUUUGUACAUGCAGUCUGUGUGAACCUGUGCCCCAAUUAUAUGCCCUUGUGUUUGAGGAAUCGAGUUCUAAUCCAUAAAUUUCACACUGAAGUAAAUCUGAAUCGUUAAAGUAUCACACCUCAUUGUUUGUUAUACAUCAUCUCGCAAUGUUUUCAUGUAGAGAUAUUAAGUACCUUAUGAAGCAGUAUAGACAAACCAAUGUAAUUCAACAUAUUUUUUGCCAACAAAUGUUCAAUUCUCCUUCCCCCCCCUCCCUUUGCUGCUGGACAGUUCUCCAUACAGUGUGGUUACAUGUAGCCUGAAGUUAUUGGCUAAAUUCUUUAAUAAAUAUCUUGCAAAAA